CAGAGUACGAGGAGAAUUUUAGAGAAGAAAAUGGGUAAUGUCGUUGCUUCGUAUGUGUUUGCUCCACCAAAACCUACCUAUGAUGAAUCAUAUCCUUAUCCUGUUACAUUCUUGACUACAAAGUCAAAGAAGAUGAUUCCUUGUUAUUUCAUGAAGGCUAACAAGGAUACAACAACGACAAUUAUCUAUUCUCACGGUAAUGCUGCAGAUAUUGGUGCGAUGUAUGAUUUUUUGGUUGUUUUAAGAGAUCAUUUGAAUGUUAAUGUAUUGCAUUAUGAAUAUGUUGGAUAUGGUCUUGCAAAUCAAUACCAACCUUCGGAAAGUGACACCUAUGAAAGUGCUGAAGCUGCUUAUGAGUUUUUGACAAAAGCACAAAAUAUUCCUCCUAAGGAUAUUGUAAUUUUCGGAACAUCCGUUGGCAGUGGGCCAUCAUGCUACCUAGCAAGUAAAUAUCCAGUGAGAGGAUUAAUUUUGGAAUGUCCAUUCGUUUCUAUUUGCCGUAUUGUAUCAACAUCUGUAUUUUUGAGGCCAGUGGACAUGUUUGUUAAUGUUAAUAGAAUUCCUAAUGUAAAUGCUCCUGUAAUUAUAUUCCAUGGUACUAAAGAUGAUGUUGUACCUUAUGAACAUGGUAAAACAUUAUUUGAAAAUGUACAAAAAAAGUAUCAAUAUAAGUUUAUUACUUUGGAAGGAGGAUCUCAUCAUGAUAUCAUUGAAAGAUUGACCCUUAAGACAUAUAUUCAAACAUUGAAAACCUAUCUUCUCAGUCUGAGUGUUGACAAGUAAAUAAAUUAUUUAUUCUUC